UUCACGUUCUGGCAUGGUGGCAUAGGGCUGAAAAGGGGCAUACACGUUUGUUUUUUUCCCAACUACAUUUAUCAUAUUCAGACAUUUGGGCAUGUAGAAUGGGAAAAACAUAAAUAAGCGCAAAGCAUUCGAGGUGCAUUUCGGUUCCGAUAGCCGUUUAUCAAGCUUAGCUUGAUAGUUGGACUUCUUUUGCUACAAACACUACUAGUGUUAGCCAAACGCUAGCUAAGCUAACUCCGCAACUAUCCAUCUAAUCUGCUUGUCUCUUGUGAGAGGCCACCGAUAAAUGCAAGUUGAGACAACGGCAAUACGAAUGUCUGAAAGUGAGGCGAAGCUAGAUGUUCACGCCCAAGGGUCCUUCAGGACAAAAUUAAAAAAUUGGCAGUACAGUGAUCACAUGGAGAAUGUGGAUGGGUAUUUAAUGAAAUAUACAAAUCUAGUAACUGGAUGGCAGUAUCGAUUCUUUGUACUCAACAAUGAGGCAGGGUUGCUGGAGUAUUUUGUGAAUGAACAGUCUCGGCACCAGAAGCCCAGAGGGACUUUACCUUUAGCAGGUGCAGUGAUCUCCCCCAGUGAUGAGGACUCACACACUUUCACUGUCAAUGCCAUCAGCGGGGAGCAGUACAAACUCCGAGCUACUGAUGCAAAAGAGCGACAGCACUGGGUGAGCAGAUUGCAGAUAUGCACACAGCACCACACUGAAGCUAUGGGCAAGGUCCAGAUAGUCUUAGUAACAGAUGGGACAAAUCCACCAUUAAAGACUCGCAGUCUGUCCACAACAUCUCAGGGCAGUGCCAGUUCUCCGGGAUCCCAGCGUCGGAUCAGCCAUAAUGCCGGCUCCGUGCUUAGUCUGUCUCAGCUCCACCGUGGCUCCAUGGCUUAUGCUGGCAAGCGCUCUCUGCUGCCCGACCACCUGGUGGAGGCUCGUGAGAUGAUGAGUCAGGUGCAGGGCCAGCAUAGAGACAUGGUGCAGUGCAUUGAGGGUCUGCCGACCAGCCAUGGUCCUUCUCCACUAGACCAGGACCUCCUGCUGCUCAAAGCCACCUCUCUGGCCACCAUGACCUGCCUCAGUGACUGCCUUCACAUUCUGCACCUCCAGCAAGUGGCACAUCAGAAGGUUCCUCUUGGAGGGCCGACCAUUGAGUGGCUGGAGCCCAAACUGCCGGACAUCCUAAAGAAUGGUGGCACCCUGGCCAGUAUCACCAAAGACGGCGGCAAAAUACAGGAAACGGCUCUAGAAACCAUGGAAAUGGACUCCUGUGACAUCGCUGUGGAGCAGGAGGAUAUUGAUGUGGAAGAGGAGCAGGAAGACUCUGUCUUGGCUGAGGAAGAGGACCUUGGAGCAGUAGAGGAAGAACGCAGCGUCAUCCUCCACCUCCUCUCUCAGCUCAAACUAGGCAUGGACCUCACCAGGGUGGUCCUUCCUACCUUUAUCCUGGAGAAACGCUCUCUGCUGGAGAUGUAUGCAGACUUUAUGUCCCACCCAGAUCUAUUUGUGGCCAUUACUGAUGGGACAAGUCCUAUGGAGCGCAUGGUCCGAUUCGUGGAAUAUUACCUCACUUCCUUUCAUGAGGGCCGCAAGGGUGCCAUCGCCAAGAAGCCGUACAACCCGAUCAUUGGCGAGAUGUUCCACUGCUCCUGGAGAGUGCCAAAGAUGGCAGCAUCUCAUGGAGGCGUUCAGAAAGAGGGCUUCAAUCCAUCGGACUGCUACCACUUGCGUUUUGUGGCUGAGCAGGUGUCCCACCAUCCGCCAGUUUCAGGGUUCUAUGCUGAAUGCCCUGAGAGGCUGAUUUGUGUAAACACACACGUGUGGACCAAGAGCAAGUUCAUGGGAAUGUCCAUCGGCGUUUCCAUGGUUGGAGAGGGUAAUAUGCACCUGUUGGAGCAUGGAGAGGAGUACACAUUUGGUCUGCCGUCAGCGUACGCCCGCUCCAUCCUCACCGUACCCUGGGUGGAGCUAGGUGGAAAGGUCAAUGUCAACUGCGCCAAGACCGGUUACAGUGCGGCCAUCACCUUCCAGACCAAGCCUUUUUAUGGGGGCAAGCUACACAGAGUGAUCGCGGAGGUGAAGCAUAACCCCAGUGGUGCAGUGGUGUGUCGAGUGCAGGGGGAGUGGAAUGGCGCACUUGAGUUUAGCUACAACAACGGUGAGACGCGCGUCAUAGAUGUCACCAAGCUACCUGUCAUCAAGAAACGAGUGCGGCCCAAUGACCAGCAGGGACCUUAUGAGUCUAGGCGCCUAUGGCGGCAUGUGACUGAGUCCCUGCAGCAGAAGGACAUGGAGAAGGCCACGGAACACAAGCGCCUCCUGGAGGAGAGACAAAGGAAAGAGGAGAGGCAUCGCAUUGAGACAGAGACGCCCUGGAGGACCAAAUACUUUGAGAGAAAAGGCGAAGGCUGGGAAUAUCACAAACCACUGUGGAAAACUGUCUCAGGCCAGACCUCCUCUCCCAUAGCCCCUCAGCCCAACCCCUGACCCCAACACCUGCUGUAGCCUCCAGCCUGGCCCCAGGUGCUGUACUGCCCCCAGCCACUACCCCGGGGUGGGCGCUUCCACUCUCAAAAAUGAAGACACCCCAUGUAGACCCAUCUAUGAUUCCUUAAUGAUAACGCUGAUAUUGAGUGAAAUGCUCAUUGGAGGGAAGUGGACUGCUGGUUUUACACUAAAGAGAAUCAGAUGUUCGUAUUUUGCCUUCCUUGAUUGGUAUUAUUUUGUAUAACUUCACAGUGAAUUAUUCUGAUCCACAAGGAGUCCCAGUGUGCACAGAGGUCUUUUGUUGAUGUUGCCUUAAUGGGAGUUGUGAAUAGCAAGGGAUUAUGGUGGUCAUGAUAAUGAUGUGACAGUUAUGUGGAAAAAGAUUGUGUUUCAGGAUACUUUAUCAGUUUCUCUUGAUCUUAAUAUAGAAUGCUGUUAUUUGACCACAUUGUGGUCAGACGUUUUCAAACACUUGUAAAAUUGAUGUAUUAUGAUUUUGAUAUCGGCAGAAACACAAGAAAAAGGGAGAUCUUGGCUAAAAUUUGGAGUUAUAAGAGCCAGCAUCUAGAUGAUGAGCACUGUCUUGUUCUUCUUCAUCUCAGCUGGAUUCCAGUGAGCACCUGGAACCAUGAUGAAUGAACCUUUUAGUUCAGGUCUUAUUUUGUCCUACUUUGGUUAGCUGGGUGUUGCUGGGGGAGUGUUAAGGGUGCAGUUGUAUUUACUUUGAAAAUGCUUUUUCCCCCUCUUUUUCAUUCUCUUUCUGUCUUUUUAAUCUGUCUUUCUCUCUCACCAUCUCUCUCUCUGUGUGUGUCUGAUGCUCAGGUAGAGGCUUGUUCUGUUUAUUUGCCUGUUUCGAGAGCACGCAGAUUAUUAGCUUCUAUUAUAGACUUUUAAACAAUCCUUCACUGUUACACUUUAGCAACAUAAACCAUUUGUUCCAGACUCCAUGUUCCUUCUCUCCUUCUAUCUGUAUGAAAUGCCGGUGAAUAUGUAGAAUUCAUACAGUAUUAAUGCAAAUUGACAAGUUCAAACUUUCCACAUUAAUGUGAUCUGAAAUUUCAAAUUGGAUAAAUUCCUCUCAUGUAAUUCUAUCUCUCGACUGAAACUGUUCAGUCUGAAAGGCAAUCAGAUAUGUUAUCUUAUAAAUCCAUAUGUAGCUUGGAUAUGCCCUAAGCAUAUGCUUUACUGCAAUUUUUGCAAUUUUAAUUUGAAAGACAGGGUGACUCUAGUUUUUGAGUCAUGUGAAGCCAGCAGGUAAAAUGUUUGGAUAUUCUUGUUUGACCGAAAAAUUGAUGUAAAUUUUUGUUUGUUUGACCAUGAAUAGAUGGCAUGAUGCGUGAACAUGUGCUGGACAGAGCACAAGUUAAGCGCCUCUUAUAUGAAGUCACUACUUCAGCCCUGGUUGGUCUUGCUGAGAAACUUGUCGUGCCUUAUUUGUGUUGGUCUUCCUCAAGUUCAUGCCUGCAACACAUUCUUCACCUUCUUCAUGAAAUGCAUUUUGAAUGAAACCACAGCCUGUGUACAUACCUUCCCCUAGCCCCAAGUUUCCUGACAAGGACACCCAGAAUGUCUGCUAUCUGCUGGUCACUGUGUGUUCGAGAAUUCUCUCAGCUUUCCACUCAAAAGGUUGAUUUUCAGACCACAGAUCCAGCCAAACCAUAGGCUCAAACACACUUUCAGUGGAGGAUCUCUACUGAUCAUGUCCAAAACAAGGCUUGAUCUAUGUCUGGAAAACAGACCUAAAGUGUAUAUCCUGCUGAGCUGUGAACUGCACUGAUGUUUUAAUUACACUCCCAGUAGCCUGAGAAAAGUCCUGAUGAAUGAACUAAUAAAAUUGCUAAUAUAUAAAUUCA